AUGGCCGGAAGAGCGCCGAAAGGAUUCAUUUAUUACCAACUCCUCUUGCAUAACGUCGGCCUCGUGUUGUCCCUCAAAGGAAAAGUCGCCCUAAUCAUCGGCCUCGGCCAAAGUCAACCAGAAGGAUGGGGGAUUGGAGCAGCAACCGCAGUGCUCCUUGCCCGACAAGGGGCACAAAUCUUCGGUGGUAAUCGCACUUUAGCUUCGACUGUUACUACCAAAGACACCAUCGAGACCGAGGGUGGAACAUGUACUGUGAUGAAGACAGAUGUGACAUCUGCUACCGCGACAAAAGCUCUAGUGGAUGCCUGUAUCGCGAAACAUGGACGUAUCGACAUUCUCAUCAAUAAUGUCGGGAAGUCUGAGCCUGGAUGUCCUGCAGCGAUGGCGGAGGAUAUCUGGGAUCCUCAGGUUGAUAUCAACUUGAAGAGCGUGUAUUUGACGUGUCACCAUGUUUUGCCGAUCAUGGAGAAGCAGGGAAGUGGUGCUAUUGUGAGCGUUGCUAGUAUCGCUGGCUUGAGGUACAUUGGGAAGCCUCAGGUUGGAUACUCCGCCACAAAGGCUGCUAUCAUUCAGCUAAUGAAAGCUACUGCUGUCAUCUAUGCGGACAAGGGUGUGCGUCUCAAUACUGUUGUCCCUGGACUCAUGGACACCCCGUACACGAAAGGCUUGGUCUACAGGUACGCGGAUGGUGAAGCAGAGUCUUAUAUGCAAAUGCGAAAUGCACAGGUUCCCAUGGGGGAAAUGGGGGAUGCAUGGGAUGUGGCUAAUGCUACAUUGUUUCUCGUUAGCGAUGAAGCCAAGUACAUUACUGGCCAGGAGCUUGUUGUAAAUGGUGGCAUCACGUCUUCAACGGGGAGGACAUGA